AUGAUGCUCUUUGGGAAAGGCGGCGGCUCGCCGAGCCGAACCUCCGGGUCACGUGCGCGGUCGGAAAAGAUCGGAUGCGCUGCUGCGCACCCUCUCUUGCUCGUCCACCACCACCACUACUGCGCUCCCUGCGGCCAGCGUGCACCCCAAUCCCCUCUCUCCUCUAUUUUCACCCUCCCCACCUCCUUCUCUGGCUUCCCCGACGCCCUCAUCUCGCCUUACCGCGCUCAACAGCGACUUCGCGCUGAUAGUGAGCAGGAGGGCAUUGCCGGGCUCUCCACACCCGCCCUGUUGCCCACGCCGCCUGGGCUGUCCAGCGCCGCCCACCCUCCUAUCCCCAUCCCUCUUCCACCCACCACACCCGUCUUCGUCGUGCCACGUAUGUGA